GGAGGCUGGGAGUCGCUGGCGUAGCCGCAGUGUGUGAGGCUCUGUGGCUCUCCUCGUCCCGUCCGUCCACCACCAUGGAGCAGGGCCCGGAGCAGGAAGCGGCGGUGCCGGCGCCGGCGGAUCCGGGCCCGGAGGUCCCCUCCGGCUCGCGUUUGCCGGGGGGCAUCGGAUCUGCAGAAGCCCUGGCGGCGCUGGGCGCGAUCGGGCGGCGCUUGCUCUGGCUGCUGCCCGUGUACCUGGCGGGCCGGGCGGGACUCAGCCUGGGCUUCGUGGUGGCCGGCGUGGCUCUGUACAUGGGCUGGCGGGGCCGGCGGAUGGGCAAGGAGCGGUCGCUGCGGGCGGCGGGGUUGCUCCUGGGCGACGAAGAGACGGCCGUCAGCGCCACGAGUCUGGGCCAAAGCCUGGGUCACAGCGAGCUGCCCGCCUGGGUCAGUUUCCCAGAUGUUGAGAAAGCUGAAUGGCUCAACAAGAUUCUGGCCCAGGCCUGGCCUUUCUUUGGCCAGUAUAUGGAGAAGCUGCUGGUGGAGAACAUCGCUCCAAGCAUCCGGGGCUCCAACACCCAUCUGCAGACCUUCACUUUCACCAAGGUUGACAUGGGAGAGAAGCCUCUCAAGGUCAUUGGCGUUAAGGUUCACACUGGCCAGAACAAGAAGCAAAUCUUGCUGGACUUAAAUGUUAGCUACGUGGGUGAUGUCCAGAUUGAUGUGGAAGUGAAGAAAUUUUUCUGUAAGGCCGGGGUAAAAGGCAUGCAGCUCCACGGUAUGCUGCGGGUCAUCCUGGAGCCCCUCAUUGGCGAUGUCCCAAUUGUAGGGGCGCUCACCAUGUUCUUCAUUCGCCGCCCGACUCUGGACAUUAACUGGACUGGAAUGACCAACCUCUUGGACAUCCCCGGACUGAGUUCACUGUCUGACACAAUGAUCAUGGACUCCAUUGCCUCUUUCUUGGUUCUCCCCAACCGCUUGCUCAUCCCGUUGGUCCCUGAUCUCCAUGAAGCAGCUCAGCUUCGCUCCCCGAUUCCCAGGGGUGUUGUGCGUGUCCAUCUGAUGGAGGCCAAGGACCUGCAGUCCAAGGAUAAGUACAUCAAGGGGAUGAUUGAGGGCAAGUCUGACCCAUAUGCCAUUGUGCGUGUGGGGACCCAGGUCUUCACCAGCAAAGUCAUUGAUGAAGACCUCAACCCCAAGUGGAAUGAGAUGUAUGAGUUCAUUGUGCACGAGGUACCGGGGCAGGAACUGGAGGUGGAGCUGUUUGACAAGGAUCCUGAUCAGGAUGACUUCUUGGGCAGGAUGAAGCUGGACUUUGGGGAGGUGUUCAGGGCUCGCGUUCUAGAGGAGUGGUUCCCAUUGCAAGAUGGCGGCCGGGCUCGCGUGCAUUUGCGCCUGGAGUGGCAUACGCUUAUGUCCGAUGUGUCCAAGCUGGAUCAGGUUCUUCAGUGGAAUAAAACUAUCUCCUCCAAGCCAGAGCCCCCAUCAGCAGCCAUCUUGGUAGUCUAUCUGGACAGGGCACAAGAACUCCCGCUGAAGAAGUCCAGUAAAGAGCCCAACCCAAUGGUACAGCUCUCUAUCCAAGAUGUCACCCGGGAGAGCAGGGUUGUGUACAACACUGUCUCCCCAGUCUGGGAUGAUGCCUUCCGUUUCUUCCUGCAAGACCCGACCACCGAAGACAUUGAUAUACAGGUGAAAGACGACAACCGUCAGACCACCCUGGGCUCCCUCACGAUCCGGCUCUCCCGGCUUUUGAAUGCUGACAAUCUGACGCUGGACCAGUGGUUCCAGCUGGAGAACUCCGGAGCCAACAGCCGCAUCUGCAUGAAACUUGUUAUGCGGAUCUUGUAUCUGGAUGCUCCUGAAGUUUGCAUCAAUCCCCGACCAUGCCCGCCAGGACAUCUGAAUGUCACUGAAAGCACCUAUAUCGGCAGCAGCGUCGACAGGCCCCCGCGGCCCACCAAGGCCAGCCCAGAUGCUACAUUUGGCAUGGAGAGUGUGAUUCGCAUUCAUCUGCUGGAAGCGGAGAAUCUCAUCGCCAAGGAUAACUUCAUGGGAGGGAUGAUCAAGGGCAAGUCGGACCCUUACGUCAAAGUGCGCUUAGGGGGGCAGAAGUUCCGCAGCCGCGUCAUCAAGGAGGAGCUCAACCCCCGCUGGAGCGAGAUCUACGAGGUCGUUGUGAAUAACAUCCCAGGGCAGGAGGUGGAGUUUGACCUAUAUGACAAAGACGUUGACAAGGAUGACUUCCUGGGGAGGUGCAAGAUCCCUCUGAGACAGGUGCUAAGCAGCAAGUUUGUUGAUGAGUGGCUCCCCCUAGAGGAUGUGAAAUCAGGACGGCUCCAUGUGAAGCUGGAGUGCCUGCCCCCCAUGCCCAAUGCUGCCGAGCUGGAGAAGGUACUGAUGGUGAACAGCUUGAUCCAGACGCCGAAGAGUGAGGAACUGUCAUCUGCCCUGCUGUCUGUGUUCCUUGACAGGGCAGCUGACCUGCCGCUGCGGAAGGGUUCAAAACCCCCAAGUCCUUAUGUCAGUCUCUCUGUCCACGGCAUCUCCUAUAAGACCAAGGUCUCCCCUCAAACUGCGGAACCAGUGUGGGAUGAAGCUUUCUCCUUCCUGAUCAAGAGGCCCCAUGCAGAAUCUUUGGAGUUACAGGUGAAGGAUGAUGGGCACGUCCUGGGUGUGCUGUCCCUCCCACUUUCACAGCUGCUGGGGGAAGAGGGACUCGUCCUCGACCGCUGGUUCCAACUCCAGAAUGCCGGUACGACCUCCCAGGUCCUGAUGCGAGUGCAACUUGGGCUCCUGAUCUCUCAGCACUCUGGGGUGGAGGCUUUUCAUGGCAUGGCAGGUGACGAGAAUGACGAGAGCUCCCAGAAGGGGUCUGAGACGGAGCUGUACAUCAAGGAGGAUGGAGAGGCUGGUUCCACGCAGGAGCUGCGCCAGCGCAUACCACAUGCCAACAGAUCGGAUGAGUGGUCUUGGAGCUUUUUGCCAGAAAGGGACAGACAACGCUUGCUGUUUAUUAAUCUGGAGCUGUCAGACUCGCCGCUGGGCCAGCUGCACCUCACUGUCUGGUACAACAUGGAUGCGCGCAAACUUAUUGCCAUCAUACAUGCCUGCAGGAACCUGAAGGCAAGUGCCAAAGAUACUCCUGACCCCUAUGUCUCCCUGAUCCUACUGCCUGACAAAUCCCGUGUGACCAAGAGAAAGACUACGGUGCGGAAGAAGACUCUCAAUCCUGAGUUCAAUGAGAAGUUUGAAUGGGAUCUAUCAUUGGAAGAAGCCCAGCGAAGGAAGCUGGAGGCCUACAUCAAAAACAGUGUUUCUUUUAUGUCCCGCGGGGAGCCAAUUGGAAAGGUGCACAUUGACCUCUCACAGAAGGACCUGACCCAAGGUGCGGCACAGUGGUACGAUUUAAAAGACGACAAACCCAGCUCCUAGUCUCCACGGUGUCUCCUUUCUCGAGGCGUCGCCAUCCAGGGAGCCGAAGAGCUGGCGUGAACACCAUUGCCACCACUCGCCACAAGCUCGCCCCCUGCUGGAUGGGCUUUUCAGUGUUUUGUUUUUCAGCAAUCAUAAGUGUUGUGUUUUUAGAAUCUUCUUUUUCAACGUGAAGCCGACAGGGUUAGAGAAGUGUUCUCUUAACACUGCGAACCGCAUGCUGCCUUUUUAUUGACCAAAGAAGCGGGCCUUUUUUCAUCUUUCAGCUAAGGACGACGUUCCUUACAGGCUUGCAGAUGCUGUGAGCUAACACUUUCAGCAGCCACUGGAGAAGAAAUUAAAAAGCCUGUGAGCAAACUGAGCCUAGGGCAAGGUGUUAGCUGGAAAAGGUACAAGGAAGGCCAUCCUGGAGGGACCAAAUACUGUCCUCAUAGUAACUGUGGGCAAAUAACCUCCUUUGGAACAAAAGGUUCCACACCUGAAGAGGGCCACUGGUGACCCCAAAAUGGGCAACCCACCAUCCUUUGACUGGAAAGGGAACAUUAUGCAUCCCCUGCCCAGGGAUUAUUCAGCUGAGAAAAGUGAUUGGGAUUCUGCCCUGGUUCUCUUGGUAAUGUGGCUUUAUAAGUGGCAUUUUUGCCAUUUUGAAUGAAAGGAUUAAAAAGUGGGUGUGGGAAGGGGGCAGUGGCCAAGCAAUUUUGAUUUGCAACUUUGAAUUUUAUUCCCACUACUGGGGAACCCAUGGCCGUGACUUCUGUGCAUGUAGCUGAUGCCCCCAAGUGGCAUAGUGGCCCAUCCCAGCAUUUUGCAAACCUAUACUCUUGGUAGCAGCUCAUGAUCUUCUCACCACACAAAACCUGUUUCUACUGAUGAUGGCGCCUUUAAAUUGAAUCAGUUUGUUUGGGCUUCUUGUACUGCUAAGCCAAAUGCACAGCAUGCCUUCUUGCAAUGCCUUUAUUUGUGCCACUUUCAUUGCUUUUUUUUAAAAAAAAAGAUGAAUGUUGUUUGGUGCCUUCUUGCACUCCCAUCUGGAAACUGGUGCAUGGAACAGAAUCCUCCUGCGCCAAGUUCUAGGGCUGUGUGUAUUCUGUAGCAAGGAAAUCCUAAUUCCGUGCUCCAAAUCAGAUUUACAAAUAUGCAGAAUUUAUCUACCUGUAUACAGACUAACUUUCAAUAUUUGCAUUUUAACUGACUUUGAAUCUAUUUUGCAAGGGGAGGGGAAGGAUAAACAUGAAGGUUUUGGGAGAGGAGAGUCACUUCAAGGGGGAAAAGUUCACAUAGUUAUAUAAGGCCAGAAGCCUCCCUCCACCCCUGACAGACACACACACACACACGGACCUCUGAACUUACACUGUAGGCAUGCUUUUAAGGUUUUCUCUGCUAGCAUGAAGAACUUUUAAUGUUGAGCUUCUGGGGCUUUCCCAACCAUUAAAAAAACUCAAUUUUUUGAGACUGAUAAAUUAUUGCUUGCAAAAGUGCAGUGCUAUGCCAUUUGGGGAAUGGGGUUAGGGUGCAAGUACUUUUAAAAUUGACCCCAAUGGGAAGGGCUCCGUUUCAUUGCCUUUCUCUCAUCCUCAGAGCUAUUUUUCCUUGCACUGUGCUUGACCCGGGGCUGGGGGGAUGGCUUCCAGAGACAUGUGGGCAGCAUGGACUUCCCCUGAUGGUGUUUUAUCUGGCAGCUGCACUGGGUUUUGUUUUUUUGCUUUUGUGGAGGCUUUGUUGUCUGUAGUGUUGCUAUGAGAAGGAAUCAUACCGCUUUAGUGAUUUAAAAAAAUAAUCAUGCAGAUAAGCCCUCGAGAAGCUAAAUCCUGAUAGAUGCCUCAUAGCGGCUAGAUUUCUUCUCCCUUUCCAGACUUCAUAAUCUGGAGCAGGUGGGCAGGAUUGCUGUGGCAGAGGCCGGGCACACGUCUAGCCUUCCCAAAAUAUAGAGGGAGAGCAUUUCUUUGCUGCACUAAUUGAAGUUCAGCAAUCCCACCUCUGAGCAUACAUGGGUGCAUACCCCCACAACCGCUGGAGACAAAAUACAGAAACGCUAAGUCUCUCUCUCUCUCUCUCUCUCCUUUUUUUGUUCAACACACAGAUAUAUACUUGCUCUCCCAUUUCUGAAGCAGCCGAAGCCAUGAUUUGUGAUCUAUUUAUAAAGGUUGUGUUUUUUUUAAUGGCUUAUUUCUACGUGUAUGACCGUAGCGAAUGUGUUUCACACAGCAAAACCAUCUCCUCAUGGAACCUGACUCUGCCCCCCCACAAGAGCUUGCCGACAGGGGGAGCUGAGUGUGCCUAUAAGGAGCUCAGUCACUUUGCCGCCUUCCAUGCCAAAUCAAAGCUCCAACUCGUGCUUUUCCUCAAGCAGGCUUUACUGUAAGAGCGUGUUUCUGGCACUUGUACCUCUUGUAGCAGCCACUGUAAUUUGUUGUAGCAAAUAAAGAGAAGAGGAAAAUGUGA